AUGCGCCCUCUCGUGCUCUCUCAUGCACUCUCUCAUGCGCUCUCUCAAGGCGCACUCUCAGCCACUCUCACGCACUCUCUCUCUCUCUCUCUCAUUCUCACCGCGUUCUCUCUCUCACGCGCUCCCUCACACGCUCCCUCACACGCUCUCUCACACACUCUCACGCGCUCUCUCACGCGCUCUCUCACGCACUCUCUCACGCACUCUCUCAUGUGCUCUCUCACGCGCUCUCACACACGCGCUCUCUUGCGCUCUCUCACGCGCUCUCUUGCGCUCGCUCACGCGUUCUCUCACGCGCUCUCUCACGCGCUCUGUCACGCGCUCUCUCACGGGCUUUCUCACGCGCUCUCUCACGCGCACCCUCACGCGCUCUCUCACGGGCUCUCUCACGCGCUCUCUCACGCGCUCUCUCACGCGCACCCUCACGCGCUCUCUCAUGCGCUCCCUCACGCGCUCUCUCAUGCGCUCUCUCACGCGCUCUCUCACGCCCUCUCUCACACGCUCUCAUAUGCGCACACACUCUCCCUCGCGCUCCAUCUCUUUCUUAUUCAAAUGAAAACGGCGGAGAGGGAAGGAGAGGCGACGGCGGGGAGUGGGGAGAGGCGACCGCGGGGAGGAGCGAGAGGCGACGGCGGGGAGGAGGGAGAGGCGACCGUAGGGAGGAGGGAAAGGCGACGGCGGGGAGGAGGAGAGGCGACGGCGGGGAAGGAGGAGAUGCGACGGCGGGGAGGAGGAGAGGCGACGGCGGGGAGGAGGAGAGGCGACGGCAGGGAGGAGGGAGGCGACGGCGGGGAGGAGGCAGAGGCGACGGCGGGGGGAGAUGCGACGGUGGGGAGGAGGAUAGGCGACGGCGAGGAGGAGGGAGGCGACGGCGGGGAGGUAAGGGAGCGGAGAUGGCGGGGUGGAUGGGACGGAGUGAUUGUGAGGUGGGUUGGAGAGGUGCCAGCGGGUAGUGAGGGAGAGGAUACGGCUGGAUGGAGCGAGAGCGACGGCUAG